AGCACAGAGCAGCGGUCUGUUUUGUUACUAUUAUGUAUGUAUAUGUGCAGAGUCGUGUAACAGAUGAGUGGUGCUUAUGAUUCUUUGUUAUUUGUUUGAUAAAUUCCACAAUGUAAAUGUCACCGUUUUGAUAUAAUGGCAUUUUAAAAAGUUGUUUUACUGAGUGGUGGGUAAUUUAAAAAUAUUUUGUACUAUUUAAUGUAUGAUGUGUUGUCUUUUUUUCUUGAGAUAACUGAUAAGAAGCACUUUUUCUACAGUUUUGUUCCAUUAGUUUCCAUUAGUGUGCAGUAUAGAAAAUGUAUAUUUGAUCUUCUGAUGGCUGCAGAGACAAUGAAGAAACUCUGGUGAAAUGCUUCUGUUUGUACAGGAGUUGAAUAUGUUCUUAUUAGUAUUCAAAAUGUGAUCGUUAAAACUUUGAACCUGUUUUUUAUGACUGCUGAGACCACUGCUGCUGUGUUGAGCUGAUUUGUUGCUGAUAGUUACUGGAAUAGUAAUCUUUAUUAUGGUCUAUGUAAAUAUGAGGAACUGGAUUCCUGAGCUGCUGAAACAUGUGGAAUGGGGACAUGAAAACUGUGGAUAUAUAUCUGUUAACACAGUGAGGACUAGAUUUUGGUUUAUUCUUUCAGAAUAUACUUUGGAAUUCCUUUAGAAUAUUCUUGUGAAAAUUAAGAGAUGUUCUGUUAAAAAAAAAAAUCUGUAGAUUACCAUGGAGGUAAGCAGAAAACUUGGAAUGCAGGGCACAUGCUAUCAAAAUCUCCGAUUUUAUAUACUUAGAAUGCUGUUUUAUUCUUUUUUGGGAGUUUAUUUUUUGAGGGUUUUUUUUUUUGUCCUUUUGGCCAAGACAUCAUGUUGCAGAUGGCCAUACAUUUGGUUGAAAGGCCUUUUAAGAACACCAGUACAAAAAAAGUGAAGAUUUUUAAAUCUAUAAGCUAUGAAAAAGAAGCCUUGUGUAAUAGGCGAGGUUUAAACAGAACAUAGUCUAGUUAAUUUUACCUGGAGAGAUCAUAGCAUGGUGGGAGGUUGUUGUCUGGAUGUUAUUCAUUCUAUCUCUUUGGAAAUAGGUCAGUGUAUCUUCCAACAUAAAGCUUUGAGUUUUAACUUGCUUACAGUGCAGUCAUUCAUGGCUGAGAUGAGUACAUAAUUGUCUAACAUUCACUGUCUAAUGAGGCUUAUGCUCACGCACCAAGUGCAAGAUCUAACAUAAAGUAUCUCUGCCCCUUAUAUUGCUGCUGCUGCUCACUUCUUAAUACAGAAAGAGGGCUGUGGAAAGACUUGCAUGCUCGAGGGUUUGAAAAGGUGUGCCAGGGAAGAGCAGGGCUUUCCCUUGAAAUGGAGCUAAUAAAUCACCCCUCUGAAUUAGUAUAAUUUUGAAAUUAAGGGGCUCUCAGGCAAAGAUUUAGGGAUAGGAACAAUAGUUCUUUACUAGUAUAUCUAACAAGAGAAACAAAACAACGACUAUAAAAUUAGCAACAAACAGAACUGUAACUCAGUUCCAGUCCUUCUCGGAAUGCAGGCACUUUAACUUUGGUGCAGUUACUGUCACCACUGGCAGUGAGGUCUGGCAGAUUCCUGGUGGACAGGGGCAGAUGUGAUGAUCCCCCACAGCUGCAGGGGUGUUGGGGGUGAUGGCAGCUGUGUCCCAGAUGGGAAGAGAUGGAAGAGAGGCAGGACGCUUGGAAAACGGCAAACUGAAGUAGGAGGACGUCCAAGCAGGCGUGCUGGGUCCAGCAACAGAAGAGGCAGCUCCCGGUGUUGGGAUGGUAGUGCUAGCAGCAACACCUUUGUCCUCUGAAGCCAAAAGUUAAAAAGUCAUACCAUCUCAGGGAAGUAGCAGCACAUUGUGGGUUUCUUGGAGCAGCAACUCUAAUCAGUUAUGAGCAGAUGAUAACAAGUUAAACAGUGCCUGGUAAACAAUGCAAUCACGGUGGCAAGCCUGCACAAGCAACAUCAAAGAGCAGAGGACUUUGGUGUUCCCAAGUCAGUAGGAAACAUGCCCAGGAUCUCACCUGUCAGAGUGCCUGCAAUUUUUACCUAGAUUUCUAUAGGUCUUGUAACCAUGUCUGUUAAUGCGACAGAGAAUGAUCCUCCCAGAUUCUUUGUAGGUGGAGAAGAUGGAGAAGGAUUGUUGGAUUCAGCCAGAUCUACAGAUUAUGAACACUUCUAUGACCAUGGGGAAGAAGAGGAGGAAGAGUAUGAUUCUCCACCGGAAAGACAAAUCGCAGUUGGGAUUUGUUCAAUGGCUAAGAAAUCAAAGUCCAAACCAAUGAAAGAAAUUCUUGAACGCCUCUCCAUGUUUAAGUAUAUAACUGUAGUGAUAUUUGAAGAGGAUGUUAUUUUGAAUGAGCCAGUAGAAAAUUGGCCUUUAUGCGACUGUCUCAUUUCUUUUCACUCUAAAGGGUUUCCACUGGACAAAGCAGUAGCCUAUGCAAAACUCAGGAAUCCAUUCAUAAUCAAUGACUUGAAUAUGCAGUAUCACAUACAAGACAGAAGAGAAGUCUAUAGUAUUCUUAAAGCUGAAGGCAUUUUACUUCCUCGCUAUGCAGUUCUGAACCGUGAUCCAAACAAUCCCCAAGAAUGCAACUUGAUUGAAGGAGAAGAUCAUGUAGAAGUGAAUGGAGAAAUUUUCCAGAAGCCCUUUGUAGAAAAGCCAGUUAGUGCUGAGGACCACAAUGUUUAUAUUUAUUAUCCAACAUCUGCUGGAGGUGGAAGCCAGAGGCUCUUUCGAAAGAUUGGCAGCAGAAGCAGUGUUUAUUCUCCUGAAAGCAGUGUGAGAAAAACAGGCUCCUAUAUUUAUGAGGAAUUCAUGCCCACAGAUGGAACUGAUGUGAAGGUGUACACAGUAGGUCCAGACUAUGCUCAUGCUGAGGCCCGAAAGUCUCCAGCUCUGGAUGGCAAAGUAGAAAGAGACAGCGAAGGAAAAGAAGUGAGAUACCCAGUCAUCCUGAAUGCAAGAGAGAAGUUAAUUGCUUGGAAAGUAUGCCUUGCCUUUAAGCAAACAGUUUGUGGCUUUGAUUUGCUACGUGCUAAUGGACAGUCCUAUGUUUGUGAUGUGAAUGGCUUCAGUUUUGUGAAAAACUCCAUGAAAUACUAUGAUGAUUGUGCUAAGAUACUGGGAAAUAUCAUAAUGAGAGAACUUGCUCCCCAGUUUCAAAUACCGUGGUCAAUUCCUUUGGAAGCUGAAGACAUUCCAAUUGUGCCAACUACCUCUGGAACAAUGAUGGAGCUUAGAUGUGUUAUAGCUGUAAUACGCCACGGGGAUCGAACACCGAAGCAAAAAAUGAAAAUGGAAGUAAAACAUCAGAGAUUUUUUGAUCUCUUUGAAAAAUGUGAUGGAUAUAAAUCUGGAAAACUGAAACUGAAGAAACCAAAACAGUUGCAGGCAAUGCUUGAUAUAGCAAGGCAGCUCCUUGUAGAACUUGGGCAAAACAAUGAUUCUGAGAUUGAAGAAAGUAAAGCAAAACUUGAACAGCUAAAGACUGUGUUAGAAAUGUAUGGGCAUUUUUCAGGCAUAAAUCGCAAAGUUCAAUUAACAUAUCUUCCUCAUGGCUGCCCUAAGACUUCAAGUGAAGAGGAAGAUAAUAGAAGAAAUGAGCCAUCCCUGCUUCUGGUUCUAAAAUGGGGAGGAGAGUUGACCCCUGCAGGCAGGGUUCAAGCAGAGGAGCUUGGAAGAGCUUUCAGGUGUAUGUAUCCAGGCGGACAAGGAGAUUAUGCUGGAUUUCCUGGAUGUGGUUUACUUAGAUUACACAGCACUUACCGACAUGAUCUCAAAAUCUACGCUUCUGAUGAGGGACGAGUUCAGAUGACUGCAGCAGCUUUUGCAAAGGGACUACUGGCCUUAGAGGGAGAGCUGACUCCUAUUCUUGUCCAGAUGGUAAAAAGUGCUAAUAUGAAUGGUCUAUUGGACAGUGACAGUGAUUCUUUAAGCAGCUGUCAACAUCGUGUUAAAGCAAGGCUCCAUGAAAUUCUCCAGAGAGACAGAGAAUUUACUGCUGAUGACUAUGAUAAGCUCACUCCAUCUGGAAGCAUCUCACUGAUAAAAUCAAUGCAGGUUAUUAAAAAUCCUGUAAAGACAUGUGACAAGGUCUAUUACUUGAUCCAGAGUUUGACUUCUCAGAUCAGGCAGAGAAUGGAAGACCCAAAGUCUGCAGAUAUUCAGCUGUACCACAGUGAAACUCUAGAACUGAUGUUGCGCAGGUGGGCCAAGUUGGAAAAAGACUUCAAAACAAAAAAUGGAAGAUAUGAUAUUAGCAAAAUUCCUGAUAUUUAUGACUGUAUAAAAUACGAUGUACAACACAAUGGAUCCUUAAAAUUAGAAAACACGAUGGAAUUAUAUAGGCUUUCAAAGGCUUUAGCUGACAUUGUAAUUCCUCAGGAAUAUGGUAUUUCUAAAGCAGAGAAAUUGGAGAUUGCCAAAGGUUACUGCACUCCUCUAGUCAGAAAAAUUCGUUCUGACCUUCAGAGAACUCAAGAUGAUGACACUGUUAAUAAGCUUCACCCUCUCUACUCCAGGGGUGUUAUGUCCCCAGAACGCCAUGUUCGUACUCGGCUAUAUUUCACCAGUGAGAGUCACGUCCACUCCCUGUUAUCUACCCUUCGUUAUGGUGCCUUAUGUGAUGAAUCAAAAGAUGAACAAUGGAAACGAGCUAUGGAUUACUUAAAUGUGGUCAAUGAACUCAAUUACAUGACACAGAUUGUCAUCAUGCUUUAUGAGGAUCCAAACAAGGAACUUUCUUCGGAAGAACGUUUUCAUGUAGAGCUGCAUUUCAGUCCAGGAGCUAAAGGCUGUGAAGAAGAUAAAAAUUUACCAUCUGGAUAUGGAUACAGACCUGCCUCCAGAGAGAAUGAAGGCUCAAAGAAAACCUCUCAUAGAAAUGAUAGUGAUGAGGAGGUGCACGCUUAUAAGAGAGAUGAAACAGAUCGAUCAGUAGUGAUGUUCAAGCCGAUGGUAUCAGACCCGAUCCACAUACACAGAAAGUCGCCCCUUCCGAGAUCCAGGAAGAUUGGUUCUGUUGAAGAAGAGAGCCCCCUGAGUGUGUCUAGCCCAGAGUGUAUUGGUACCUGGCUGCAUUACACCAGUGGUGUGGGUACUGGGCGUCGAAGACGCAGAUCAGGGGAACAAAUCACUUCUUCCCCUGUCUCCCCUAAAUCACUGGCUUUCACAUCCAGUAUUUUUGGCUCAUGGCAACAGGUCUUAUCAGAAAGCAAUAGUAACUUACGAACACCAAGAACUAUUCUGGAACAAAAGCAGAGUGGUCUAGGGUCUCACUGUGCGGGCCUGUUUAGCACCUCAGUGCUCGGGGGUUCUUCAAGUGCACCUAACCUACAGGAUUAUGCUCGUACGCAUCGUAAAAAGCUGACUUCUUCUGGCUUCAUAGAUGACACCACACGCGGUUCUGCUGUUAAAAGGUUUUCUAUCUCAUUUGCUCGACACCCAACCAAUGGUUUUGAACUGUAUUCCAUGGUGCCUUCUAUUUGCCCUUUGGAAACUCUACACAAUUCCUUGUCUCUGAAGCAGGUGGAUGAAUUUCUUGCUUCUGUUGCUGCUCCAUCAAGGGAAAAUCUACAGGAGACAUCUUCUCCAACUCAGAUGAUGCCCCUUUCAGGAAGAAAAAUUUCUUUAAAUACAUUUACCCCUGCAAAAAUUCAACCAACUCCACUUGAAACUUUGCCUGAAAGGCUAGUGGUAGAGAAAUUAACUUUAUCUACCCUUGGAUGUCCUGUAUCUAAUGUAUCUCAUACUAAAUCAUCUCUUGAAGAGGCCUCACUAGAUGCAGAACUUUGUGGUGAAACUGUUUCUGAGAAGAAAUGAUCAGACAAAACUGUAAACAACUUCUUAAAUGGUUCUUUAGUGUGCAUUUAAGCAAAUUACUGAGCUGUCAAAAGCCAUUCAUGUCUGCAUCUGCAAUUCAUAGUGCACUUAAGAAUCUUUAUACAUGGUUAGAUAAUGUGCACAGUGUUUAGGUCAUUUCUAAAACAUUUCAGGAAAUACAUUUUACAGUUUAAUGAACCGCACAUCUUUUAAUGGACAAGCUGCACAUGAAUCUUUUCUGUGUCUUCAAAUAUCUACUGUAAACCUGUACAAAAAUAAAAUGGUAUGUGUAACAGCAGCUGUGUUGAUGUCGCAUUUCAUUACAUCUACUGAUGUAAUGAAAGCAUUGUCUGUUGUCAUCAUAAAUGUCUGUUUUCAGGUGUUUAUAAUCUCCCUGUGAAUUUCUUCUGUGUGCUGAAACGUAACAGGCAUCUUGACUAUUUUUUAAUUUAACUAAAUUUCCAAAGAGAUCUCUUUUCCUUGGUUUGGAUAUAAGCAGAUAUUUUCUACAUUUUAAUUAUUUGUUUUAUAUAUGCUGCAAUAAUUAGGCAUGAUGAAGCAAGUUCAUGUAUCAGCACUUUUAAUGACUUUUUUUUCCUGUGUUUACAUUUUACAUCAAACCUGUAACAUUCAAAUGUACUGUCUUGUAUACAGGUGCCUGUAUAUCAUCUAGCAGAUAAAACUGUCUUUUAUAUGUUUUUACCAAAAUCUUCUAUUGCUUACUAAAAAAGACAGUUUUAUUUUCUUUGCCAUGUGUUUCUAGAAAAAGGGGAUAUUUAAAAGGUUUUGUAGAAGGAGAAAUGGUUACAGCUGGUCUGCUACUAGGUUUACUCUAAAUAUUGUAAAUAUUCCAUCUAUGCUUUAUCAUCCUUUCAGCAUAGAGAAAGCUUGCAGACUACCAGCAUUCAGUGCAUACUGUUCCAAAAUAUUCAGGAUUCAUCAUGGCCUGGGAAUUUUCAUACCCUUCUCCUUCCAAUCUAGGUAGUUGACAGCAGCUCUCAAAAAAAACCCCAAAAACAAACAAAAAAUUCUACACAAACAAACCAAAAAAACAACCAACCAAAAAACCAAAAAAAACAAAAAAAAAAAAAAAAAAGAGCAUUUUAUAAGAGAUGAAAGAAGCAUUUCUAAAUUGGUGGAACAUGGAGUUAUGGUGUUAUUUAGAAUUAUCCAGUCUUAAGCAAUUGUUGUAAUUUUUUUUCUGUGGCAUGAAGAAUUACUGGGUUAUGAGUAUCCCAAAUUUUGAAAAUAUAGACCACUUCUUUAAGUUCAAGUGGUUAAAUAUUAAGAA